AUGGCAAACAAGAGCUCCCCAGGGGGCUUCAUCCUCCUUGGUUUCUCUGAAUGGCCUGAUCUGGAAAUCAUUCUCUUCUGGGCUGUGAUCGUCUUGUACACCAUGAUCGUCCUCUCCAACCUGACCAUCAUCCUGCUCUCCUGCAUGGAACCUCAUCUCUACACCCCCAUGUACUUCUUCCUCAGCAAUCUCUCCUUCCUGGAUCUCUGCUACACCACAACUGCUGUGCCCCAGAUGUCCAACCUGUGGGGGCCAGACAAGAGCAUCACCCACACAGGAUGUGUCAUCCAACUGUGUGUGUUGCUCUGUCUCGGUCCCACAGAGGAUGUCAUGUUGGUGGUGAUGGCCUUUGACUGCUACGUCGUUAUCUACCAGCUUCUGCACUACACCGUCAUUAUGCAUCAACAGUUUUGUUGGAAGCUGGUGUUCGUGGCCUGGCUGUCAGGUCUGAUGUUAUCUGUGGUCCAAACUCCCAUCACAUUCCAGCUACCUUUCUGUGCCCACCACCGCCUGGAUGACAUUCUUUGUGAGGUUCCUGCCUUCCUACACCUGGCAUGUGGAGACACCUCUGUUAAUGAGUGGCAGAUGACCAUCUCUGCUGUUCUCUUCACCAUUGUGCCACUGGGGUUGAUUCUGACUUCUUAUGUCUACAUAGCUCAAGCCCUGGGGAAAAUCCAGUCUGAGGAGGGAAGGCAGAAAGCCAUUGCCACCUGCCCCUCCCACCUCACCGUGGUUGUCAUAUUUUAUGGGACAAUCGCUAUGGUGUACACAGACCCUAAAAAUAACUUUGCUUUAAAAAAUGGCAAGUUCUUCACCUUCUUCUACACCGUGGUCACUUCUUUGUUUAACCCUCUCAUCUACACCCUGAGGAACAAAGAGGUGAAAAAUGCUCUGCCAAGACUUCUCAGCAAGGUGGUCAACACAACAAAAAAUAGAAGUUGGCCUUUUGAAAUCUUUUGGACCAGAAGUGGUGUUGAAAAUCAUGCUAUUCACACUCUCUCCAUUUAA